AACAAGGUAGAUACAGAUAUAAAUACGGGCGUGUUAGUGAAAGGAGAUGAAUGCAUCAUUAUAUGUGUGCUUGCGACUUACGACUCGAUGUAUCAAGUCGACGUACCAAGGGAAAUGGACGACUACACCACACUCCCCCCAACCGCCGCAAAAGAUAAGCUCAAGCCGUUCAACAUCCACAUUGAGGAACAUAAAGUACAGGACUUGAAGGCGUUGGUCAGACUGAGUCCCGUCGUGCAGAGUACAUACGAGAAUGCUGCCGAACGCAAAGAAGAAGGACACGACUUCGGCGUGACAAGGGAGUGGUUGAUUGAUGCGAAGAAGAUUUGGGAAGAAGAGUUUGACUGGCGCACCCACGAGUCCCACCUCAACACCUUCCCGCAGUACACAGCCCUCAUCACCGACUCCGACAACCUCCCCUACACCAUCCACUUCUGCGCGUUAUUCUCCCAUCGCACUGACGCUAUCCCACUGGCGCGGCUCUCCGGCUGGCCCUGCACCUUUGCAGAAUCCCUUCCCCUGCUCUCCCUCCUGCGCGAGAAAUACACACCAGGCACGCUCCCUUACCACAUCAUCCUGCCCAGCCAGCCCGGCUGGCCGUUCUCCUCGGCCCCGCCGACGGAAAGAGACUGGACGUAUGCAGACUCGGCGCGGGUGCUGGAUAAGCUGAUGCGCGAGGUCUUAGGCUUCAGGGAGUAUGCUGUCAGCGGGGGCGAUAUUGGCGCUGGGAUAGGCCGGUAUAUGGCGGUGCGGCAUGAAGCGUGCAAGGUGUUCCACACAAAUCAUAACCACAUGCCGAGACCCGAGGACGUCGCAGACACGCCCCUUCUCCUCACACAAGACGAAAAAGAGGGUGUGGCGCGCGGCGAGGACUUCAUGGCAAAGGGGACCGCGUAUGGAAGGAUGGCGGGGACGAGGCCGGGCACGCUGGGUGCGGUGCUGGCUGCGAGUCCACUGGCGCUGCUGGCCUGGGUCGGCGAGAAGUAUGCUGCGUGGGCGGAUCCGCGGACGCCUGUGCCCCUCGGCCAUGUCUUGGAGGCGGUGAGUAUGUACUGGUUCACCGGCGCCUCGGCAACGACAUUGUAUCCCUACCGUGAGGACUACCUUACUGGGGUGACGAAGAAAGGGUAUCUGCACGGGCAGGAGGAAUUGUACGUGGACAAGCCUAUGGGAUAUAGUUUCUUUCCGAAGGAGUUGGCGCCGUGUCCGAGGAGUUGGGCGGAGAGCACAGGCAGGCUGAUGUGGUUUCGGAGACAUGAAGUGGGCGGACAUUUCCCGAGUUUGGAGAGGGGAGAGGCGCUGCUGGGGGAUCUUGAGGACUGGCUGGGGGAGGUUUGGAAGUAGGGAGAUGGUGAGGGGAUGGUGCUGUUCGACUGGCAGAGUAACGAAGUAGUGCGG